AUGAGUUUACUUCUUGUUUUUUCUCUGGUUGGGCUCGUUUUGUCCAGUGUGGUUUCAGUCCCAUUAUUGAGGAAGGAUGCAGCGACGCUAAAGAACGCGGAGCUCAAGAAUAUCCAAGAUGACUUCGCUCCUUUACCAAAACAAUUGUAAGAAUUGAAACAAACUUAAUACCUACGUUUAUCUACGCUUAAAUUUCUUAAAUUAUUUCUAACUAGUAUGCUGGACAAAAAAGCAUUUUCUUAUAUCCUGGGAUCAGGUGGUCGCUUUUUUGGGGUGGCGGGAAAGUUUGGAAAGUCGACCGGACGGAGAAGGAAAGCACGUUCUGAUCAGACUACGUAACAAAACCUAUUUAUUCAAGAUGAGGAAAAGAAAAAUUAUAAAACAUCUUGAAAAGAAAAAUUACUUCAGCUAUGAUGUGCUAAUUCCAUUGUAUUCUUUUGUUUACUAGUAGGUAUUUUGCACUAGUUGUUAUUCUCUGUUUCACCGGUCAAGUAAAAUCACUCUUAUGAAAUAGGACGUUCAAAAACUAUUUAUAAAAUAUAAAUUGGAUCACUUGUGAUCAGUAAGAAACGGGACAAGCCUGAAAUUUGAGUAUGAUUUACCUUCCACCGUCUCUUGAAGACUUACAUCACCCAAUCUGUAAGAUGGAUAUCUCUCUACAGCAUACCUUUAUAGGUGUAUAGGCGAAUCUUCGUUUACACUUUUUGCCUCAUUAUUAACAUAUGCUUAUCACUAUGUAUUAUGGCUAAUAAAAUAAAAACUCUGAAUAUUGAGAGGUCAAAACAGUUUCAGUUAUCUCUGAAAAUUUGAGCCCAAUACACCGAAUGAUUUCGGAGAAAUUCUCUUCUAAAAACUUGAUAUUUCACAGAGAAUGUAUGCAUGGCUCAUUAACUUUUUUGCCACACAGCAAUUUCGCAGGUUUUGAUGGCUGAUAUUUCAUUAAAUAUUGCUUGCAUUUAGUUCAUAUAUACGGCCACGGCUUCUAUGAGUUAAGUCGUAAGCUGAAGAGGAAAAAUGUAAACAAUGACGUCAGCAAAGAUUCGCCUAUAGAGCUAGUCUCUGACGUUCCUUGGUCAUUUUGACGUAAAUGGCUGGAUGAUGUCAACAUAUGUUCCAGGGAAGAGACCCAGGUGCAGGGCCGACUCUCACAAAACUGUUUCCAAAAAUUCAAGCAGAUGCCGGUUCCUGAUAGGGCACGAAAAAUGCUUUGUGUUAUUGUGCCCAAUCGGCGAACAGUUUCUCGGGAGUCCUUUUCGUGAAUUCGUACACACAACGGAUAUUACUCCGCCACUCUUGCCCGGCUCGCGCACCAGGCUUGUGCGCGCAAGGGAAACUUUUAUUUUCUACUUUCCUAACCAGAAACGAGGAAACCACCGAUGAGUCGAAAAAACGUUUGGGAUGUUAUAAGCAGGAGCAAUUCAAUUUGCCCCGAGAAUAUUCUGUUUUUGACGGAUCACAAUGUAUCGUAAAUAAUAGGAAGUUUGAGAAGUGGCGGCGACGAGAAAGUCAAAUAAACAAUAGCUUGACAAGGCAAAACAACAACUUUGCACGUGCAUCACGCUUUUUUGUACAUUUCUUUGCCGUCAACUGCACGACUACCCGUAAUAAUGCCUCAUUUCACGUUUUGUGAAGGACGUAAACAAAUAGUGACAAAAUUCAUUUUCCUCAUGAACUUGGAUAUGGUUGAUACAAAUUCAGCUCCAGAAGAGUUCGCUUGAAUUUGACAAAGUAAGCGAGUUGGAAUAAUCACGACAGAGACUGAAAAAAUGCGAAUUCACUUUUCCAUGCGACGUUUUCGUGGUUGUCAGCCGUCGUCGUAUCUUUUAAUAUAUGGAUUUAGCCAGGGCUAAAGGCGAAGCUCUGGUUAAUAAUACGUGUAAACAAAAAAAAUUGAAUCAUGUAAUGCUAAACAGGGACGACAAUGAAAAUGCCUUCAAGACAAAUAGAUCUAAUUAGCAAAAAAAAAACAAAUUGCCCGUGCAGCACCCUUUUCCUCUAAUUAGCAAAAAACAACUUUGCACGUGCAGCACGCUUUUUUGUCUUUCCCUUGCCGUCGUUUUGCACGACUACAACGCUGUUUUGGACGUCUAAAACGUCAAACUUCCUAGUUACACAUUAUUUUUAUGGAGGAAUUGUCGUAUGUGCUUACCCAAUAUUUUUGUUUCCUGCGUUCCUGUUCGCUUUUAUUUUUCACUGCCGCCCAUUUUCAUCUUGCUGGCCGCUAGCAUUUCUCCUUUUCUCACCCCCGCUGUUUUUCUUCCUACGAAAUUCGUCUCCUUUGUUUUCAAUAACUCGCUCUAGCUCUUUCUCAGUUAUUUUUUGUGUAAACACAAAAAAUAACGCCGAAAAAGACAGGACUUUGUGAUUUCCUUCCAAAUAAAACCUUGAGUCGCAUUUGGGUUGCCAUACCCGUUGAUUGAGUUAUUUUACAUUGGUAUGCCUGUAGUGCGGAUGGACGGUCCAUCGCUCGCUCGGUGAACGGUCACGUGAUCACCAAAUUUUCGCGGAUGGGUAGAUCACCACAUUUCCUUAGCUAUAGGGCUCCGCCUACGCGCGGCGCUUCGCGCCUCGCGUGGAGCUCCGCUAAAAACUCUCUAAUAGUUACGUAAGAAGUAACCGAUGCAAGCGUGAAUACCUGUUGUAAGCUCAAGCUUGUAUUUUUGGAAGAGCGUCUUUAGUUUUCGGGCAGACAGUAUUUUAAAAUCAAAUGGGUAUUUUAUAUCAAACUGAAAGUUUCCGGACUGUGUGCAUUUCCUUGGUGCAUGUUCCAGACAAGCCGUGAUCGAGACAAUAGUCGUCGUGUUCGAACUCACGAAAAGAACUCAGGAGAGACUGUUCGCUGAUUCGGCACAAUAAUACAAAGCAUUUUUUGUACCCAAUCAGGAGCUGGCAUCUGCUUGAAUUUUUGGAAAUAGUUCGGUGAGUUCACCCGUACUUGAAAACUUUCGUCCCGCCUUUUCUCCCAACCCGACUGACUGCCCCUGGGUCUCCGAGGACGCAUAUGUUCGUGCGGAUUGUGUUGUUCGUCCGAAUUGUCUCAAGAAAUCGAGACAAUUGAAGCGACCCGGACGGUUUCAUUAAAAUUAGGCUUAACCGGUUAUUUUGUCCUAGAGAUUUGAGUUUGACUAAUAGUCGCGGGUCGCGGGUCCAAACUUGCCACUGGAGUGGCACAGAAACUUGUUGAAUAUGUGAGGAUCCGCUUUCAAGAUUAGUGCGGCACAGCUGCCUCCAUUACAGCAAUCGCAGCGAUAAAAAUCAACGUUCUCAUUUGUAAACGUGAUAUGAUCGCAUAUGGUUUUCGUACCGGCCAAGAGCUAUUCAGUAUAGUGUAGACAAAGCCUAAAUAUAACUAAAAAUACGUGUAUCGCAAAACCUCUUGUGGCUCGGGUAAAUUGGCCAGCAGUAGGAAUAUAGACCAGCCAUUUUGAAAGGCUUAAAGUAGGUCAAAUUCAUUCUAAUGCAAACUUUUAUUUAUAUUUUUACUCUUCCAACAUGGUCACUUUGAACUACUUUACUCAAUGUUUUUUUCUUUCUAGCAAAUUGCAGCCAUUGGCGGAUUGAAAACAAAAUGCGCCUUAUAUGUAUAUCGGUCGUUUCCGUCACUUUAUUUUGUUCAUUUUUUCAUUCUAUAUUCUCCUUAGUUAUUGUAAACAAAUUAAUCUUUUUUUUAAGCACUUUAAAAAAGGUUGUCAUACUCAAUACUUCCAAAGAACCUAUGGGUCAUUCUCAGACAACGCAGGUCUUUGUUAAAAAUUAAUCUCAACUAUUGCACCGUUACGGUACUAUAGAGGCCGUUUUAUGUCUAUCAAGUUAUUUUAUUUCAUAUUCAUUUUUAGUUCAUAUCUUUUUUCUUACCGUCCUGUGAAAAUCGUAAGACUCAGGUCUCUUUUCAUUUAAUUUUUUGUUUGUUUGCAACAGAUGGUCUGACGAAGAUUCACCGGAGGGUGAAGACAGCCUUAAAGGACCUAGCGUAGAACAGACGACAAGUAAUGAAUACGGCGGUCGGAAGUCCCUUGAAACUAAAUUUGAAGGGGUAGUUGAUUAUGGUUUUAAAAACAAAUUUGAAGCCAUCGAAGAAGAAGCUGAAGAAGAACUUAAAGACGAAGCUGGGAGGCAACUUGAAGAUGAGGCUGGGAGGCAACUUGAAGACGAGUCUGGGAGGCGACUUGAAGAUGAGGUUGAAGACAAACGUGAUGACGAGAAUCAAGAACUUGGAGAUGAGAUAGUAGAAGAAUUUGAUAAAGAUAUCGAGAAUUCACUAACAAUGGAUUUAGAGGAAGACCUUAGGGAAGAAGAUAACAAUACGGACGCGAAUAAUACAAGAUUUCAAGCUCCUACACGAAGCCUUCCUCGUCCAGGUCGUAAACGACAAAUAUUUCCUAUUACCAAAGUAAAGGGUGUUGGACUUGCCCUCAUACUGGGACGCAGAGGAAUGAGCCGCCGUGUACAUCCUUUCCAAAAAACUAGUCAUGUUCGCAGCCUCAUUAAACAUUAA